AUGAAGACCUCGAAGUCUCGCCGCGGCGGCAUCCGCAAGCGGGGCCCUACCCGCACCGACAGAGACGGCGACAUGGAUAUGGAUGCUGGUGGCUCUCGUGCGGCGAAGAGAGGCCGUACUGAGAAAUCUGGCUUGGGUGGCCGCAUCGCAGGCGCAGGCGUUGGUGGCCGAGCUGCAGGAACAGGCGGCCGGGUCGCAGCUCGCGACAAGCACUUGGAUCUGAUUCAACGUGCGAUUUCCAGCGUCGACCCUCAGGCCAACAUCCGGCAGAACAACAGGAAGCCUCCUAGCGAACUUGAACAAUUCAGCGUUCGUGGAUGGAAAUCCAGCAAGGCGGCGAGUAACCGCGAUGGCGGCGUCGAAAGUCUCAUCGCAUUCCUCGAGCGCCGCAUGAAUUCAUUCAUCAAAUCCGGACCCCGCGCUAAAAUCACCAAGUCGCGCGUCGAGGGUGAUACUCUUGUGGUAUUUGUUCGACCUGAUCUAGCAGGCCACAUGCUUCGGAUUAACAACAAUACCUUCGCCGGAGCUCAAGUCACCGUUGAAGCCUACACUGCCGCAAACGCGCUCGAUCGAGAGCUGGCCGCAGUUGACACAACUCCGGGCUCGACUGCCGAUACCAAGACCAAGAUGACCACCAUCCUCGGAAAACGUUUCUUCCCGCAAACCAAACUUCUCGACUUGUCGAAGCUGGGCGAAGAUCCUGAUCUGCAUGCCAUGGGUAUCUUCGAAUCAGUCUCCAGGGAGUCCAAGUUCUUCCCUGCCCUCAUGAAGGUUUGGGAACAGGGUUUCAAGACUGCAGCUGAGCAACGUGAGGCAGUUGAAAGUGUGAGCCUGGCUGAAAACAAGCUCACCUCCAUCGCCCCCGUGACGACUCUCGCUCAAAGCUUCGCCCACAUCAAAUACCUCGAUCUAUCAAAGAACAACAUCAAGAAUGGCCAGGCGAUGUUUGGUUGGCGAUGGAAAUUCCGCGACCUCAUUUUCCUCGACAUGACUGGCAAUGAAUUCUGUUCGGAUCCGAAUUUCAAGGACACAAUGCUCAAGUGGUACCCCAAGCUCCAAACUUUGAACAACGUCCAGGUGCGAACUCCGGAAGAGGUUGCUGCUCAGAGGAAGACACCCAUUCCCGUGCUGCCUCCUCACUUUGUUGACAGUUCUCAAAUCGGCGAGAACUUCGUUCGUUCGUUCUUCCCUGCGUACGACACUGACCGCAACGGCCUGGUCGCCAGUGUCUACGAUGAGGAAUCCACAGUCUCGCUGAACGUUAACACCACCGCCCCCAAGGCCAGUCAGGCCGAGACCGCUGGCUGGGGAGAAUACAUCAGAAAGAGUCGCAACCUGGACAAGAUCAGCCAUCUGUCCGCACGCAUGUCGCGCUCCUACACGGGCACCGAGCAAAUCCGUGAACUCUUCAACGCGCUCCCGCCCACUAGCCAUCCUGAUAUCAUUGCCAAGGCGGAGCAGUGGCUCAUCGAAUGCCAUCCCGUUUCUAAUCUCCCUGACCCCACCGGACAGAGCCCCUAUGGAGUCGGUGGUCUCUCACUUAUGGUGCAUGGUCAACUCGAGGAGAGCGUUGGUGGCAAGGUCGAGACUCGCAGCUUUGAUCGAACCUUCAUUCUCGGUCCCGGAAAAGCCCCUGGAAGCAUUCGAGUCAUCAGUGAGAUAUUUUGCCUGCGCGCAUACGGCGGACAUGAGGCUUGGUCCCCUGAGAUCCAAGCAAUGUCCCAGGACAGCUCCCCGGCCGCCGUUGCGGCUCCUGGUCCCGUUCCCACUGCGGCUCCUGCCGCUCCUAUCCCUCCUACUGUUCCUACUGCCGCCGCCACCCCGGCAGUUGCCAGCACUUAUGGUCUGCCCGAGCCCGGAAAGUCCGAGGCUCAGCUCCAGCAGGAGGUCCUGGUUACUCAGAUGAGUGCCAGGUCGGGCAUGACCUUUGAAUACUCGCAGAUGGCCCUCUCGGGCAAUGGUUGGGAUGCCGAGCUUGCUUGGAAAAACUUUGAGCAGCUCAAGGCCUCCGGCGCACUUCCACCCACUGCGUUCCUCGCUCCGGCUUGA